AUGUCCACGACGGAUAAAUCUUCAGAUAAGUCCAUACCUCUAUUCAACUGUCUACAAAGUGUCAUCUGCAAAAUCCAGUGCAUGAAAAAUAACUCACGGACAGUCACGCGGCUACGAAACAUGAUUAUACCUCAACCACCAGUCUCUGGUCAUGACUCACCUGGUGGGUCUGACAUGGACGUUUCUGAUGAUGAGGGUGAAAUUCCUAAUCCUUCUUCAUCUACACAGACAUUUCAACCUGAACCUGAAAAGGCAUCCUCGGAAUACUAUGAAGAUGAAGAUGAAGAUAUGGAAUCAGUCUGUAGUUACAAAACUGCUCCUAGUUCUCCUCCACCUUCUGGCUUUUCUCUUUUGGAUGAAGAAUGCAAAAAACUGACUGAAGCUUUAGAAGAAGCAGAACGUAACAACAGUCAAGUGCUUCGUCAGUUAUCAGAACUUAAAUUACACCAAGAAGAGUUAAAGAUUAAGCUGCUAGAGCUUCAAGUACGCUCAUCUAUAAAGGCUGCAAGAAACAGCAACGCGUCGUCAAACAAUAAUGGCGCACCUACUAGUUCCCGACCUGCUCAGGGCAAUUCACCUGCAAGUACUCAGCCUCAAACUGUCACUGUGAAUGAUGUAGCGCUUAACUUGCAGCCACUGAAAAAAGAAUACAUGCGGCUUGAUGAAGAAAAACGAGCUGCUAAAGCAAACACAAGGAGAAUGAAAAAGACGGUGGAAAAAUUGAGAGCAGAGAUGACGGAUGUGGAAUUAUUAAGAAAUGCACACAGCGAGGCAGCACCAGAAUAUGAAAAAAAAUUGUCAGAUCUACGCGCUAAUCUGCAACAAGCAGAAAAAGAUUAUGAAGGAGCUUCAGCUGAUUCUAUAGUUGCUACUAAUAGAGUUGUGGACUUCAACUCACGGGUAGAAAAGCUUGGUGUCAAGGUCGCAGACUUGAAGCCUUCACCAAUUGAUCAACGUAAAAUUACGGACCCACAAAAAUUAAAUUUGAACUAUGUGGAUGAGCUGGAUAAAAAGCGUAGACUCGAUUCUGAGAAUGAUAUCCCUGCUAAGCGUGCAAAAGUACCCCAAGGUUCAUCUGCGCCUACGGUUAAACAAGUGAAUAUCAUGCCUUACCUCUUUUGUCAUGAAAAUAAUACGAGCCCCCUUCCAUCAAAGCCAUUUGAAGGAUUUAUCAGAAAAGAUGGUUUCCGUGAUUUUAGUCAUAUUACCACCAAACCUGAUUUUGCAUUUCAGUCAUACGAGGAAAUGCAACAGACAGUGAUUUGUUUAGUAAAUGAUUUAAUUGAAGAUCAUUCAGUUUUUUUUCGAAAAGAGAAUGAACGUAAGCAAGGGAAGAGAGCUAGUGUCUCAAACCCUCCAGUUCCUAAGAGUAGCACAUCUAGCCAUGGACAGUCAAAUACAACUAAACCAUCCAAUGCCACUCCUUUACCAACCCCUGACAGAAGCCGUGUAUUAAUUCCCAGCCCUCAAUUAGCUGAAAUCAAGCGAAACAUUGAAAGUAACAGAUCAUCAAUAGUUGAUCCUGUUCCUUCAAGUACACUCGCUGCAUCUUCAGCUAAGAGCAAGGGUAAGGGCAAGGGCAAGGAAAUGCCUAUUGAGGUUGAUAUACAGCAAGACAAUAGCAAUAAUGCGAAUUCCGUACAUUUUCGACCAUAUCGUCAAGCUGUCGAAUCUAUUGGCAUUGGUACAGGUUUAUUACAGGUAGCUAAUAAUGAAAAGCCUUUAUGCUACUAUGAAGCCAGCGGGGGUCAAUGUAAUGACAGCAAGUGUCAGUAUGCACAUUGGCGCGAUUUUGCAAACAUUUAG